CGGACAGCAGCAGCGUCGUGCAAGAAUUGUUAUUUUUAGCGCCUGGCUCGUGUUGCAGUGUCGGGGUCGCGACAGACUUUUUUUUUUUCUUUCUUUUUUUCUCUCUCUCUCUCUUCGUGGGGAGCAGGAGAAGUGCUAAGCAAUCCCUCGGACUGCUCGGAGUUACGGCCGAGGGUGACUGAUAGAAGCGAGGAGGAUAUAACGGACUCACGGAGCGGGGAGGGGAGCACCACUGCACACAUCUUAAUCAUCACCGUCCCACUGACUCUCCCCCCCGGUCCUCGUUUUAACCGACCGGCCCCCCCCCCAGGAGAUGGCUAGCCCCGCAGCAGGUCGAGAUGUCCCGAAUGCCCCAACGCGGGACGACUCUGAGCGGUCGGAACCGAACCAUCCCGAACCAGCCUGUCAGGAGGCACAAAAAUGGAUAGAGGCUGUCACCGGAAAGAGUUUUGGAGAGAAAGACUUUCGCAGCGGAUUGGAAAACGGCAUCCUGUUAUGCGAGCUGCUGAGUGCAAUCAAACCAGGGCUGGUCAAGAAGAUCAACAGACUGCCCACCCCCAUCGCUGGGCUGGACAACCUGUCAGUCUUUCUGCGGGGCUGUGAGGAGUUGGGCCUAAGGGGCUCACAGCUGUUUGACCCAGGAGACUUGCAAGACACUUCCAUACGAGCUAACCUCAGGGACUCUGACUGCAACCGCAAAUUAAAAAAUGUGCUGAACACAGUGUUCUGGCUCGGGAAGGCUGCGAGCGGCUGUGCCUCCUUCAGCGGCCCUAAUCUCAACGUCAAGGAGUUUGAAGGGCUUCUUGCUCAAAUGAAGGUGGAGAGUGAGGAAGGAGGGGACAAUCCACAGCAGCGCAGCGUCAGAGACAGUGGUUACGACUGCUGGGACUCUGAGAGGAGCGAGUCUCUCUCUCCACCACGACACACUCGUGACAACUCCUUAGACAGUUUGGACUCCUUUGGCUCCCGCUCACAGAACAGCCCUUCUCCUGAUGUUGUGAAUCGAGGCAACAGUGAUGGGCGAUGCAGUGACUCUGAGGCUGAUGCCUCCAGCAGGAGGCCAGAUGUGCGAAAGGAUGACAUGUUGGCCAGACGGACUGCCAGCAGUGAAGCGAGAAGCUCCAUUCCCUUUAACCAGUUUCUUCCCAACCGAACCAACGCCAGUUCCUAUAUCCCGACUCCACGACGGAAACAACAUAAAGAGGAGGGAGAGCAGCGGAGGAGUGUGAGCAUGGGUGACAUCCUGAACGAGGAAGAAGGAGGACACUUACCUCCACUGAGCCAGUCACGAAAUGAACGCAUGCAUGACCAGUGUAACAUGGAAGAGGACGACCACUGGAGAGACGACUUGGCUCGUUGGAAGAAUCGCCGCCGCAGCGCAUCACAGGAACUGAUUAAGAAAGAGGAGGAGAGGAAGAGGAUGGAGAAAAGGAUGAAGGAGAAAGGAGGUGACAGCAACAAGAGGAAAAGUAUUAAGACCUACAAAGAGAUCGUGGAGGAAAAGGAGCGUCGAGAGUUAGAGUUGUGCGAGGCCUACAGGAGUGCAGCAACUCCAGAGGAGGCCGCCAUGGUUUUACAACGCUACGCUCUCCGCUUUACAAUCAGUGACGCAACACUGGACAGCUUAAAACUGCCUCGAUCCACUUCAAAACCCACACAGGACAUCAGUCUGGUGGAGCACAAGGAGCACACAACAUUACCUGUUAGUGAGACUGAAACAUCAGAUCCUCUGAGGCACAAACCAGACCAGGCUGUUAUAACGGACCAGAGCUGCACAAUACCUGAAGAGAUGGAGACAGAGUCAACUGAUCAACAAGAGACUUCAGAUUCUGCCUCCUCCAGCACCCCGACUCCCAGCAGUCCCCCAACCCCCAUCUUUAACUCAGAAACUGUGCCACCUCGGCCACUCCAGCUCCAUGAACCUCAAACAAAACCUGCCGAUUCUCCAAACGCACAUCAGAAAGUAGUGACUGCAGGACAUGCAAAACACACACCGCCUCAGAUUGCACGAGUGCAGCCGCACACCGCACAGCCUGCACACACACUCCCCUCCCCUCAAUCUGCAUCCCCAAGACCUGUUCCCCUUCUGGCAGCCAAACCCUACUGCCAGCCCAGGAGCACACAGGCUGGACACAAACCUGUAAAGAUGGACGGUUUGGUACGAGUGAACGGAGAGGCGACGGAGGAUUUGUCUACACCCACUCUGCCUACCCCUGCUGCACCUUCCCCACAGGAGAUCAAAGAAGUUCCCUCGAGACAAACUGAGAAAGAUAUUCCCUCCAAGCAAACUGCGACCAGUCAGCAGGCAGUGGAGCAGAUGCCACCUCCACAGACACCACCUCCAAAUACACCACCUGCACAGACACCACUUCAGCAGACACCACUUCAGCAGACACCACCUCCACAGACACCACCUCCUAAGGCACCACCUCCACAAACACCACCUCCACAGACACCACUUCAGCAGACACCACCUCCUAAGGCACCACCUCCACAGACACCACCUCCUAAGGCACCACCUCCACAGACACCACCUCCUAAGACACCACCUCCACAAACACCACCUCCACAAACACCACCUCCACAGACACCACUUGAGCAGACACCACCUCUUCAGACACCACCUCAGGUCACACCAUCUCAGGAGACAGCACCUCCUCAAGCAGAAAAGACAACCUCGUCUUCGGCUUCUGCCAUCAGCUCCUUGAUCGGAGGCCGAAACUGUAUCAUCACAACAACUAUUGUGACAGAGCUUACGCAGACUGUAGUGGAGCCUCUUCACCUGGAUAGCCAAAGUGAAGGACAGGUCAAUGGUGCGAUGGUGUUUUCUGAGAGACCAGAAGAGGAAAUACAGGCUCAGCAACCUACAUCACCAAACAGUAAUCAAAACUAUUCUCCAACUGUCACAGAGGGACUAGAGGAGAGCAGUGUUUCUAUUGAGACCCCCAUGUUGAACUUGGCUAAACGUGUUAAUCACUGGGUCUGGGACCCCAAUGAGGAGCGUAAACGCCUGGAAAGUUGGCAGCAGGAGCAGGAGCGCCUCCUACAGAAGCAAUACGAGAAAGAACAGGAGAAGCUAAAGAAGGAGUGGGAGAAGGCACAGAUAGAGGUGAAGGAAGAGGAGAGAAAACAUAAUGAAGAGGAAAGAAGGAUCCUAGAGGAGACUGUGACACCCCUCAAUCCUACAGGCUUGUUAAAUCAGCAGUCAGACCAGACAGGGUCAACUGUAUCAUCUCCAGAAAAGACAGAGAAAAAGGGAAACAAUGUUCCCUUCCAGGUUAACGGCCAAAGAAUCUCCACAGGGAACGAGGAUCAGCAUGCUUCGAAGCUGCAUUUUUUCCAGGAAUCUGUAUGUGAUGGUGCACCGCCAAAGAAACAGGAGCUGUGGAAGACGGCUUCUCUGGACCGAAACCCGCAGCUGAACCAGCCACUGAUUGCUAAAAGGUCUGAAUCACAAGACACUGUAACAAACAAACAGCAGCCCUCCCCUUCAACACAUCAGCCUCCCUCACCCAGCAGGUGUGUAAGUGGGAAGAGACUCUGUUCUGGUUGUUCACAGCCGCUGGGAAAAGGAGCUGCAAUGAUCAUCGAUACACUGGGAUUGUUUUUCCACAUACAAUGUUUCAAGUGUGGGGUGUGUAAAGGGCAGCUGGGCGAUGCCACUGCAGGGACAGAUGUACGGAUUCGAAAUGGACUUCUGAGCUGUCACGAGUGCUACAUAGCAUCUCGGGGCAGAGGUCAGCCCACCACACUAUGAUGAUCCACAUUUCAACUGGAACUGGAACUGGAAGUCACACCAUGGAUGUCUGUGAUUGGUUAUUCUGGAAGCUGGACUCACAUUUCGGGCUCUCGAAAGCUCUGGAAGACUCUGGAAAUCUCUGCAAAGCUUUGGAAUCAUGAUCUUUCUCUAAAAUGCACAAACAGCUUUCUGGAUAUUACUGAGAGUGAAACUGGACUGACACAACAUCAGAUGCACAUACAGUACUGUGUGUGCUUAUUAACUGUACACAUGUAUACACUUCUAUUAAUAUGUGUAGCAUGAAUGUUAUCAAGAAAUCAGUAUGUUUAAUCCUUUGCACAUUCAAACUAAGCACAGUCAAGAAACUAAAAUAAGGAUCUGCUUAAUGUGCUAUGCUAAGUAAACCUCAACAACACAUCUCAAACCACGUCUCAAAAUCUUGACCAUUAACCCCGGCUUCUGCUCUGAUCACGUGACUCCCCUCUCUGAGUGUGACGUAAAGUGGUUUGGGUUUGAUAACCUGAAGUAGCUUGACCAUUAUAAUGCCUUACUCAUCGUCAUACCUUCUCAUUAAUUAUGGGUUUUUGUGUUUACAGUUUUGCAUGAAAGAAGAACAUAUAAAUAAGUUAUUGUGAGUUGUGCUCAGAUGGAAUAGUGUAAGUUUGAUGUAGGUUGUUUUCUGUAACAGCUGAACUUUCCUUGCGUAUGUUGUACAUCAUCAUGAUUUCUAUGAUUUUUUUGGGCAUCUGGCUAACUAACAUAAGCUUUUUCUUUAUGAUGUCUUUUACAGGAAUGAGAUUGCAUGUUUAUUAUUAUUAUACUUGUUCUUUGGAUUUUAAAUGUUUUCCCUUUAAGAUGUUUUAGCCAUUGUUAAUUCUCAUAGACUGACUGCGACCGAAUACGUGCCUUAUAUAAUGAAUGCUAGGGCUAGGGAAUGUGCAGGAGGAUUUGACACCCACGCAGACCUCUGGGUCUCAGCACAUUGUGUGAGUGCGUGUGUGUGUGUGUGCAGUGGAAUCAUGCAUGAUUAGGUAUGAAUGCAAUGUGUGAUUUUGACUUGAAGCACAGUUCCAUACCAGCAAAAAAACAUUUUUAAUGGAUAAACCUCUCCUGAUCACCUUCUGUUCCCUGUUCUACUCCUUCCCUCUAGCUACACCAAUGACGCUAAGUGAUUUGCUGCUUCCCUGUUAAUUAUUCCUCAUUUAUGACAGUUCACAAUGUCCUCCUAUCUCUCCUUGUUUGCCUCUAUCACAAGUGUUGCCUCCCCAGAGUCUGAGCUGAACGCCUCCCUCCUUCGUGUGUCGUUGCCUCUACCUUGACACCUGACAACAGCUUCAUCACCUAGAGGAAUAGAGCGCUCAGUUCAUUGUAUUUUAUAGCAAGUGUAUGUUUAUCAAUAAAAUAUUUUGAAUGGGA